AUGGGCGAAGUAGUUCCUUACAAAGCAGGCAUGCAGCGCGGCCAAGGUUACAAUACCUACCUGCAAUCGCUUUGUGUCAAAGAUGCGGUUACUAUCGAACGUCACGAUGACAGCAACCCUCCAUUCAAGAAAGAGUAUUAUUCUGAGUUCAUUGAAGAAUACGAGAAGAUAGCAAAGAGCAUGAGAAUCAGUGCUGGCGCCGCUGUCUCCGGAUGGGGUCAGGAGGCCAAUGUCAAUGUCGACAUUCUCAAUCGUAGUGAGUUUGAGACCAGCACUUUGACAUACGAGGUCAAAGUCUUGGUUCAGCACCAAGUAAGCGUGCUCGACAAGCACUCCUUCAACAAGAUUCAGACGACCACCCCGCACGCGACAUACGGCGACCGUUUUAUCGCCGACUUUAUAAAAGGUGGUCAUUUCUACGCCCGUGUCUCCAUCACAGCGAAAAACUCGUCUGAGACCAGCGAGCUCAAGCAAUCCGCUGAAGUCGCCAUGACUAUGUACGGCGUUUCUGGAAAGAUUACGCAAGAGGUCGAAAGAGCCGUCAGCUCCAUCAAACGAAACGCUUCGGUCAAGAUCACCAUCAUCGAGUCCACGGGAACCAGCAAGAGUGGUGCCAGUGGAGGAGGCUACGCUGUCAAAGCUGAAGAGAGCUCUGACCUUCUGGCUGUGAAGGAAAAGGCAGACCAAUUCUACAAGGAUGCGGAUUCGGGAAAGCAUUCUUAUGUGUUGUUUGCGGUGCUGGGAAAGUACAGAAAUCUCUCCAACUUUGAGAGUUAUUUCGCUCCGUUCGAUUACCAGAUGGCUAGUUUGAGGUCCUGGGCGCUUUUCAACGACUUCACGCUAUACAAGGCUAUCGAAACCAUGAUCAAGGCUGUGCCGGAGAGCAAGUUCAAGGACGGCCCCGAACGAAAGACUCAAUUGAUAAAGCAAGCCAUCAACAUCUUCGAAAACAUCCGCGAUAGGGUGAUCCUUAUCUCCGAACAUCCCGAGGCAGCUAAGGAAGAUCCUGACCACAUGAAACCGGGCGACUUUCGACUUGAAGUUCUCAAUUCGAUUCAGACCAAGCUCUUCCAUGCUCAAUCUCAGCCCAUCCCUAACACCGACGAUUACUGGACCGAUGUGAUCCUAACCACAAAGGGCUCCGGUAAUCAGCCCCUCUUCACUUUCCCGGCCUUCGACUUCGGCGAUUUGAUCGGCACUGAGGUAGUAUCCUUUGGAAAGAAGAAAAACGGCGAAGAAUACAAUUGCCUGAUUGGCGAGCGCGUGACGAGCCUCGAUGAUUACAAGGAAUUGAGUUACUUCUGGGUCUUUCCAGACAGUAUACAAAAGUUUGCCAUGGAGAUGUAUGGAGUCAGCAAGGUGCCGACGAGGAACUAUAUGAGAGUGUAUGCAGCGGAUCAGAGCGAUAUCGAGAAUCCGAGGCCUUACCAGAGGUUUUGGUUCUACGUACCCUCCGCUAAUAGUCCACCGUAGAUAGGUGUCUUGGCGUGACGUCACGUCAAUCGUAUCCCAGCAAACCUUCAGCGAAUGCAAUACAACACUCU